AUGGUGAUGAUGCAGUCACCCAUGUCUGAUUGCGGGCAGCCGGAGAGCCCGGCAACCCUGUCGCAGCCAAACUCGCCGCCCCACGUCUCACCCAAGUCGGGCGCCGGUGCGCCCCACAAGAUGGUGCCGCCAAGUCCCAAAUCUUCGCCGUCCGACGGCGAAGCGAUCCUAUUGCGCUUCAGUGAGUUCGCCGCCUCGGACCCGGACGGCGGCCGGCGGCUGACGGGCGCACCGGCGGAGGAGCAAGUCCAGCAGCACCAGCACCAGCUCUCCUGCCCGCAGAAUGGCCGCCGCAGCCGGAGCCCCAACAGUCCAAUCAGCAACGCCACCAGCGAGCUGUCGGACAGCAACGAUCAAACGCAGGACGGCGGCGGCGGCCAUCUUGGGGCGGCGUCGACGGAGCGGCCGGUGAAGUUCUCGAUCGAGCGGCUGAAACAGUUGGCCGACCACCACCACCACCACCACCAGCCAGGUUCAGGUGGUAAGGUCAGCAUGUGUCGUCAGGUGUUCGGAGCGGUCGAGCCUCAGCAGCCGCCGCCGCCGCCUCAGCAGCCGCCGCAGCCGCCGCAGCUCGGACAGUUCGUCCUGGCUGCCGCGGCCCCUCAGCCGCCGGCCCAGGGCGUGGUUUCUGUGAUACCGGCCGCCGCCGCCGCCGCCGCUGGUCCCCUGCAUCCCGCACCAUUACAUCCGGCCGCCCACGGCCAGCACACGCCGCUGGCGGCCGGUGUGGCGCCCCUGCAGCCGUCGUCGUGCUUUCCGCACGCCGCCGCCGUCCACGGCGCGCAUCCCCAUCAACAAAGCCACCUCCAUCAACACCGUCACCACCAGGCGGCCGUCGCGGCAGCGGCCGCCGCAGCCGCCGCAGCCGCCAACUCGCAACCUCAUCACCAUCUGCAGCAGCCACCAACGGCCGCCACCGCAGCCGAUCACGGUGUCCCGCUGCAUCACCCGGGUGGCGGCGGCGGCGGCGGAGGCGGCGGCCAUCACCCGUUCUCCAUCAAGGCUGCGGCGGCGGCUGGCGGCGCUUCGCCGGCCGAGAUCGAGAUCGAGCGGUUCAAGAUCGCCCGGUCGCUGGCGGUGGCCGCCGCGGCCAAUGCCGCCGCCAAUGCCGCCAACAGCAAGGACCUGCCGGAUAUCGGCUUCAGGAUACACCUGAACGAGCCGCUGGUCGGGGGCGGCCACCAGCCACCGAUCGGGUACGCCCGGAGCGACACCAGCGAGGAGCUGAUCGUCGACGGCAACGAGGAGAACUCGCAGGACGGCAUGUCGGGUUGUCCGGUCGAUCUGACGCGCUCGAUUGACAGCGGCGGCAGCGGCGGCGUCGACGGCAAGUCGACGGAGUCGGCCGCCUCCAAGCGGCUCGCCUUCUCCGUCGAGAACAUCCUCGACCCAAACAAGUUCAACGGUGCUGCCGCCGCUAAACACAACAACAACAACCAUCACUACCACCAUCACCAUCACCAUCACAACAACAACAACAACAGCAGCAGUAAUGGCGGAAAAUUCUGGGGACCGGUCACGGCCACGGGUCUGCUCGACAGGGAAGACAAGUUGAUGGCGGCGGACGACGACCAGAGCGACUCGCGUUCCGCGAAGGACGUGAACGACCUGGACCAGGACGACAUGGGUGACGAGACGAUGGGCAGCGACCUGGAGGACCACGCCAGCGAGACCGACUCCAAGAAGGAUGGCACCAACAACCGCGCAAGUGCCGAUGGCAAGUCCCAGGGCAGCAGCUCCAAACCACGACGCGCUCGGACGGCAUUCACAUACGAGCAACUGGUGUCGCUCGAGAACAAGUUCAAAACCACUCGCUACUUGUCGGUGUGCGAGCGGCUCAAUCUCGCGCUCAGCCUCAGUCUCACCGAAACCCAGGGGAAGAUCUGGGUCCAGAACCGACGGACGAAGUGGAAAAAGCAGAACCCGGGCAUGGACGUCAACAGCCCGACGGUGCCGCCACCGAACGGGGGCGGCACGUUCGGGCCGGGCUCGUACGCCAGCAGCCUGCUGUACCCGCACGCCAUGCCGUACCCGCCGUACGGCCCGUACUUCCAUCCGCUCGGCGGCCACCACCUGGGCCACUCGCACUCGUAA